AUGUUGCCAUUACAUCAUUACACGCUCGACAUCAACAUGGAAAUGUUGAAAGCUUUCGGUAUUGCCGCCCUGAUAGUUUGCAAUCACUUGGUAACCACAGAUUCAACGGGAAAGUGCAGGUUCAGUACGUCGCACUUCAAAAAUUUCACACUUGAAAUAAGGAACAACACGCUGUUCAUGGAUAUGGUCACCUCGAAGUCGAUUCACCGCGGCUUCAAGGUCCUCAUCGACACCCAAAUCAGCCUCGACAAAGGGCGGAGCUACCAACGGCUCUUCGCCCACAUUCUGGACACCUGUGGCGUGGUGUCCUCCUUGAAGUCGAACCUCUUCAAGAGCUGGUUCGACAGCAUGCUGAGCCACGGUAACUUCAUGGUCAACUGCCCCGUGCCCGCGGGCCACUACUUUCUGCGCGACUGGAAACUGGACUCACAGUUGGUGCCCAGCUACUUGCUUCCCGGGCAGUACUGUGUGAGUGCCCACUUCUUCUACGGGAAGCACAAGUCGAAGCAGGAGGACUUCGUUCUCGACCUGGACGUAUAUGCCCUGCUGAAAUGA